AAACGAAUGAAUGACUGGAUCAUCGAUCACGGAAAUCAACGUAUUCCUGUCACAUGAAUGUCUCGAUGAGAAUAAUCGACACCACACGAUUGCAUAAAUAUAUCCACAGCACACAAGUCGUCCACCAUGGCACACACACCUACUGAGUCCGUCAUCUGUCACUCAGUCUCGGCGGCCUUAUUCGCCAGCCGCCGCACCAUCGCGCGAGAACGAAUGUCGGCUUGACGAAUCUGCACGUGACACACACACACACACACACACACACGCACACACACACACGCGCGCACAGACUGCAUGUGUGGAGGGAGAGAGCGUACAGGAUGUUGCUCACCGGUUCGGCCACUCGGUGCUUGGACAGGUGCGGCAGUAUCUUCAGGGCGGUGUCGAGCGACACUCGGUGCCCACAUGACACGAUCAGCGGCACCGUGGCAUCAUCCGUCGGCCGAUAUAUCGCCCCCAAGACACCUCGCGUGUCGCCCUUCAGCAAGUGGUGGGAAGGGGCGGUCGUCAGGUGCCGGGAUGCGAGCUCACGGGCCACCUCCUGACGGAAGGAAAAGCCUGUGUCUGCAUCCUCGCUGCAGCGUUGUUCUGCUCACUCUGGUGAUGCCAUCGACGGUGUGGAUGUUUUUGCUGACCCCAACGGUCGGAAUGUCCACAAGGAGCCCGAGAUGACAGGCCAGACCAAAUCCUGAACAUGUCACGCACAGAGAAUGAGUGCGGUCAUCAUGUGUCACCUCUGUCUGGCUGACCUCUUGGAUGGAGUAUGCCGUUGCCGUCGACCAGCAGCAGCUGAGGCCACACGGACUCAUCAGACGUCGCCUAUGAGACGAAACGCAACGAGGUGUCCGCACUACUUGUGGCACAAGUGGCUGGAUGUUCACCUUCAUGUCUUCGAUCAGUGCAGCGAGUGGAGGCGCCUCUGCACUCCAUCCAUAGCACACCCACACAGAUGAGAUCAGACACCCUCACUUGUCAGACAGAAACGGCCAUAGCCCUCUCUGUCCUCUUCCCUUGCCUCUGAAGGCCAGGUAUCCUGGCAUGUAGGGCACGUUCAAUUCAACCUCGCGGCACCUCUCGUACACAACCUGCACACACACACACACACACACACACACACACAAAAACCGACAACAGACACUCACACGGGUGGGGACUCUAAUGCAGGGUGACUGUCACCUCCAGCGUGUCGAAGUCCAGCACCACGAGUGCGGCCACGGCCCGUGAAGGGUCCUCCUUGAAGAAGCUGAGAUCCACACCGCCCACCUGUAGGUAGGCACGUGACACACCCGAAUGAGAGCAUUCACCCUGGCGUGGUACAGGCAUGUGGUGUGCAUUGCGCACUCACUCGUGUGAGUGCUGGUCUGCCAUCGUCGAGUGGGCCUGUUGCUGCAGUGGGGAUGCGCCAGUGGAAUGAAUCAUCGAGAAUGAGUCGCUUCUUCAUCGCGUGUUGAUGCCUGAAUCGUGACUCACAAUCAAUCAAUCACGUCAGUGCAUCUGUCGUUGCGUACCUCUGCCAUUCCUCUGUCUGCGUUUCAUCCGGCUCAUCCAUCUAUUUUGCACCAUCCUCCACGGGAAGGAUCUGUGUCGGAUCUAGGUGCUCAGAGGUUCACACGCCUCUUGCGUCUUCCUUUCUUCCCAC